GUUGAGAGUUUCCAUGAGGGGCCGUACCUACCUGCGUACAUUCCGCCUAGCACCAACACGAACGUAAGACCUUUGUUGACGAUGAACCCUGAUGCCAUGGUGGCAAGUUGGUACGCUCCCGACCGAGUGACGAUUUGAGGCCCACGGAAAGUCUGAGCUUCGGGAAUGCGAACCAAAUGCGAACGUGAAGCCAUUCACGCGUUGCUCGAGAGGGCUUGCACUCUUGCAUUCCUGCAAGGGUGGGAACCUGGGUGGGAACUCGAGGCCUUCCUGCACCCGGCAGAAGAGCGUCGACAGUCGAUCAUACCCCGCACGCUCGAACCUCAAACCCACUACAAUGGAGUAUCUUAGCAAUAUCAGCAACGCCGGCGCCAACGACGUCUAUCGUCCGUCGCUCUUUGAGCUCGUGGCCCAGGAUAAGAUGCGCGACCUGCUCAAACCGGCGUUGCAGUACAUCCUCGCAGUUUAUGCACAGCGAUAUCCGCGAUAUCUGUUGAGGAUGGCGAAUAGGACGGACGAGCUAUUCGCGCUCCUGAUGGCCGUCGUUGAGAGGUGGUACUUACGCGAGCGAGACGCCUCUUUUGCAGAGCACUUUUACGGCUUGCGCCGCAUAUCCGCCAACUUUAAACAGCGCGCCAAUAAGAAUGUGCCCCGCCUCGAUGCUGCUCAGUGCUGGCGGUCGCUGUUCAUGCUUGUAGGGUUGCCUUACAUCAAAACAAGGCUUGAUGAGGCGUACGAAAAGGUGUCGGGAGGGGCCGGGAGCAGGAUAUUCGGAGAUGUAUUUGCUGAGGAUGGCUUUGAGGCUGUUGCGAGGGAUGAGCCGUGGAAAGCAAGAUGGGAAAAACGGAUCAAGCGAGCGUUUCGCACCGGAUACCCGUUUGCGAAUGCAGGAUAUCAAAUGCUGAUAUUCGUGUACCAGAUUGGGUAUAUGUACGGGAAGACGGAUUACUAUUCGCCAUGGCUGCAUCUGUGCGGGCUGCAAGUGCGCAGAUUGAGCAUGAAGGAUUACCGUGAUCAAGAAGAACGAGACCGGCUUGCCCGGGAGCAAACCAACGCCAUGCUGUCACGAAGCUCUAAAGUCUCCAUGAUGCGUCACAUGCUGGCCAUGUUUCUCACACGCGGCUUGGACCUACUCAAGUACGCUUUGCCCAUGUCUAUCUUCUUCUUCAAGUUUCUGGAAUGGUGGUACUCCUCGGAGUAUCACAAGCAGGUUGGGAAGAAGCCCAUCCCCCCACCUCCAGAAAAGGUCGAGCCGAAUCCGAAAGGCCUGCCCCUUCCCGACGAUCCGACUAUAUGCCCCAUCUGCUCUCAACCGCGGACAAAUCCAACGAUGGUGCCUUCUGGCUAUGUGUAUUGCUAUCCCUGCAUUUUCCGAUGGAUCGAAGAGAAGCAGGAAUGUCCAGUUACGCUGAUGCCAACGAAUAUAGAGCAGUUGCGGAAGAUCUACUCGACAUAGAGUAUUCCAGUUUCGCUCAUUACGCGACACGGCAGGAACAGACAACGGAGCUGGUGCUCGUUGCUGCACUGCAGUCGGAAAGUUAACGACUCGAUCACCAAUACGGCGCAAUGUCCCGACAAUGUCUUGCACGACGUGAUUAGGUGGCAUGCAGUGCCAAUCGGACCGCUUGGCACUCGAACGUCGAAGUGUAUGCGGCUAAUCGAGGUGGGGCACAGCCUCGCAUUUGCUGAUAUAAAAAGCGCGACAACACGAACAUCGGCGCGAGAAUGGCAGAACGGCGUUA